UACACGAAAUCCAUUGGCUGUUAAGUUGUUAAAAAUUAAAUGUAAACAAACGAUUAUAUGCAGGAUAAACACAUACUGCAUAUAAAAAUUAUAAUCAGUAAAGAGAAGACCUUUAACUUAGAAUUAUACCAUUAUAAUACUUCUUUAACUCAGAUCAGCUCAUGAAGAUAAGGUAUGGUGGAGGAAAUAUCAUUAUCCAUAAGUGAAACCAAUAAGCUUAGGGCUCAAAUUGGAUUGGCUCCAAUACCGAUAGAAGAAGAGACACCCAAGAAAGAUCAACCUAUAGCGGCCACAAAUGAAAUAUCACUUGAAGAAACUAAUCGACUACGAGUAUCGAUUGGAUUAGCUCCUAUACCAUUGUCUGAUAGUAAUAAAUCAGUUCUGAGAGAGGAUGAUGAGAUACAUAAUUUUAAAGAACAUCAACAGAGGAUAGAGAAGAGUAAACGAGAAGAUGAACUUAAACAGAGGAUUGAAGAUGCAAAGUCAAAAUCACGAAAAAGGAAAGCAUUGAUAGGAAAGACAUUAUUAGAUGAUGAAGAGGAAGAUACCGAUGAUUGGCUUAAUAGUUUAGGAAACAAUGAUUCUAAAAAGUCAAAGAUUACUAAAUCGUCUCUACUGAAAUCAGAAACUGAUAAUGUAGCCGAUGUUAGAAUAGCGCAUAGUUUGAAAGAGAUACAAAACUUGAAUAAUAAUGAUAUACUUACAUUAGAUGAUGGUGAUAUAUUAGAAGAUGAUGAUGAAGUAGGGGGUGUCUUAACUAAUGAGAGAUUAAAUAAAAGCUCAAAAUUGAAGAAAGAACUUGACGACAAGGCUGAAGCUGAGAGUAUAAAAUUCAAUGGAAGACAUUAUAAGGCAUCGAAUUUAUUUGGAGAAGAGAAUGAAGAAGAUGAGGAUGAGGAUAUUCGGUCAGGAGUUAUUCUUAAGGCAGGAUCAAGUCUUUCACUUAAUCAAAAGAAAGAUAUUCAACCGGUAAAGACUAGUAAUAAAGUUCAAUUGGGUCAAUUGUUUGAUGAUAUCGAUGACGAUAAUGAUAACACUUCUAUAAACACUGUCAAUGAUUAUGCAAAGGAGAAACCCAUAAGUAUGAAAAAGAUGAAAAAGAAAUUCAAAUCGAAAUCUAAGGUUGUUAAACAAGUUUUAGACGAAGAGGGAAUACCAACAGUUGAGUUUAAAAAGUUUAAUAAUGAUGAUUUUGAAGAUGAAGAGAUUGAAUUACAAAGAACUUUAGAAGAUGCCAGAAGGAAUAAACAAAAGAAACAGCGAAGUUUAUUAACUCCUGAAGAAAUUGCGGCUGAAAUCGUGAGAGUGAAAAGACAAGAGCUUCAAGAUGGAAUACAUGAUGAUUUUAAACAAGGAGUCGUAUUUGAUGAUACUAGUGAUUUCUUAGCUUCGUUAUCAAAUAAUAUAUUAGAUUCAAAUAAUGGUAAAGUGAAAGAAGAAGCAGACGAUAGCAUAUUUGAUGAGGUUAAAGUUAAGAUGGAAGAAUCUUCUAUUGAACCAGUAAUCAAACAAGAGGAUAAUACAGACAUUAAUAUUAAACAAGAAGUUAAGAAGGAAGAAGACGAGGAAGAUCAAAUUGAAGAUGAAGAAACUACCCCUCAAUUUGGAGGAGGAGGACUUGCAUCUACAUUAAAAUUUUUGCAAUCACGUAAUAUUCUUCAUCAAAGUAGUGAACAAGAAAAGGAAGAAGAAAAACAUCGUCAAGAAGCCAUUAAAGAAUCGGAUAUAUUAAAAAUUAAGAUUUCAAUUGAAGAAAGAAUCUUAAAACAAGAAUUAGAAUCUGAUAAAAGUUAUAUGAAUCUACCAAAACUGGAGAGAAAUGAAUUAUUUGAAAAGUUAUUAGAUGAAAAAUUAAAUCAAAAGGGUAUAGUUAAAGAAAUGGCGCAACCCCUGAAAAUUGCUCACCGUAGUACAAACCACAGAAAUAAUAAUCAUAAUAACAGUACUGGUGGUGGAACCACCAGUACUACUAUUAACGAUCAUCUUAAGUCUUAUAAUCCUCAAGUCAAGUUAUCGUAUCAUGAUGAUACUGGUAACGAAUUGAAUACCAAAGAAGCUUAUAAAUAUUUAUCUCAUCAAUUCCAUGGUGUUGGACCAAGUAAGAAUAAACAAGAAAAACGGAAACAAAGAAUCAAGCAAGAAGCACCUACAUCUUCAUUAAAUGGUAAGAUUGUAUAAAAAGAAGUAUAUAAAUAUAUAUAUAUAUAAUAUGUGUAAUAAUAAUAAUUUAACGGUGAAUAAUAACAUCGAAUCAUUAUGUCCUAAUUUAAUUUAAUCUUAAUUAAUUAAUUAACUGCUUUUGAAACUAGUGCCGAGCUCGGUUUAGAGAUGGAAAAGAUAAAAAAAAAAAGUGAUUAAAAAUAAAUUCGCUAUCCGCAAAUUUCCAUAAAAAAUUUAAUUUAUUACUAAAACGAAAAAGGCAGCCAAGACCUUUGAACAAUCAUUUGACAGUUACUCCUUUCUUGUUCUUCUUCUUCUUGAUAGGUAGAUCGUUUGAUCAUCAUAUAUUCAUAUAUUCAUCUGGUCAAGUUCAUAUAGAGACUAACUAAUCAUGAGUG